AUUUCUUCACAAACGUAUGCAAACUGACUGAGGAAGCAUCUUCAUCCCAGCAGCUCCAGAGUAACCUGACAACUGGAGUCCUGUGAGAGAGACUAGGGAUUGCUUCAGAUAAUUUUCAGCACCCUCCGCAAACAACAGUUUGUAGAAUUCUUUUCAGUAAACCACAACAGUUCGAGCAAUGGACUUCUCAGCAUCCAAUGGCAAAUUUACCCUGGAUCUAUUCAAAAAGUUGGAUCAGUCAUCUCAAGGAGGAAAUCUUUUCUUUUCCCCCUUUAGUAUUUCAUGUUGUUUGGGCAUGGUCUUUAUGGGAGCAAGAAAUAACACUGCUAUCCAGAUAGCUGAGGUGCUUCAUCACAACACAGCAGAAGAAACUGAAAGUUCUUCACAGGAACCACUUCUGGGCAAAGGUGAAAUCAUCCACCGUGAGUUCCAGAAACUGAUCUCUGAACUCAACCAACCCAGCCAUGCCUACUUGAUUAAAACUGCAAACAGACUCUACGGAGAAAAAACUUUCAAUUUCAUUAACGAAUAUCUGCAGCUUGCUAAGAAAUAUUAUCAGUCAGAGCCUCAAGCAGUUGAUUUUUUGAGGGCUGCUGAACAAGUAAGAAGUCAGAUCAACUCUUGGGUUGAAGAACAAACAGACAAAAAAAUCAAAAACCUGUUGCCUAAAGAUGCUGUUGAUUCUCGAACUGCAUUGGUCCUAAUAAAUGCCAUUUACUUCAAAGGAAAGUGGGAGAAAAGAUUUCAGGAAGAAAAUACUUCUGAGAAGCCUUUUAGAUUGAGCAAAAUCCAAUCGAAGCCAGUACAAAUGAUGUUUCUAAAGGAUACAUUUCCAAUUUUCUAUGUCGACACGCUGAACGUCUUCAUUCUUGAGCUCCCAUAUGUUAACAAUGAACUCAGCAUGUUCAUCUUGCUUCCAGGUGACAUUAUGGAUGAAUCUACAGGUUUGGAAAUGCUGGAAAAAGAACUAACUUAUGAGAGAUUAUCCAUAUGGACCAGUCCAGAAAUGAUGGAGAAAACCGAAGUGGAGGUUUACUUGCCUAGGAUCAAACUGGAAGAGAAUUAUGACCUCAGGUCCAUCCUAGAGAGCAUGGGAAUGAAAGAUGCCUUCAAUCAAAGCCAAGCUGAUUUCUCAGGGAUGUCAAGGCAAAACAACUUGUUUUUGUCACAGCUGUUUCACAAGUCUUUUGUGGAGGUCAACGAAGAGGGUACUGAGGCAGCAGCUGCCACCGGAGCAGUUAUUCUAAUGAGAUCCUCUCUGCGGCCAGCAAAAAUUAAAGCAGACCACCCUUUUCUUUUCUUUAUCAGGCAUAACAAAAACCGAAACUUCCUUUUUUUUGGCAGAUUCUGUUCACCCUAGAAUGUUUCAUAGCUUCAGGCAGUUUUAUUAAGGGCCACCAUCCUAAGUGCACUUACUAUGAUAGGAGUCCUAUUGAGCUCAGUGGGAUUUACAUCUGAGGAAAAUGCUUAAAAGCAGUCUGAAAAUUUCAUGAGCACCAAACCUAGGCAUACUGGGUUUUAAGCACAACAAUAUGUGAAAGUUUUUCUGUCCUGCCAUUGAAAAAUAUUUCUGCACUGCAGUCCAGUCUUCUUCUUUUGUAGAUGAUAAGAAAAUGUGUAGCUCAACAUCUUCAAUACUUCUCUAGAACAUCAGUAAACCUGGUCUGAAAAAAAUGUGCAUUUUAAAGCAGUGAAGUUUUUUUAAAAAAGGAAUUAUACUUCUGCCAUUACAAAGAGAUGCAUUUUAAGCUUUCAUACUUUUUCUGAAUCAUUACACCAGGUGCAACCUCAUUGGCAACAUUCCUACCUAUGUUAUUAUUAAAUAUUUUAUCGACUUCCAAUAUAGAGUAACUUUCUAUCCUAGUUCCUCACCCCCAUUCUUGUCUGGCACCUCUCUCCCCAUCGAAUUUUAAAAAUAUGCAGGGACUAAAGUGUCUGAUUGAGUCUGCAAUCCUAUACACACUUGCCUGGGAAUAGGUUGCAUUCCGAGUAAGCAUGCAUAACCUUGGGUUGGGUAGAUUCAAGAAGACUAUGGCUGAGUUCAGUUCACACGCUAAUCAAUGGUUGACUUCCAUUUUGUUCCUAUUACCCACCCACCCCGUAGAUUAGCAUGUCGUCCGAACUCAGCCUAUAUGUAAUUAAAUUAGUUCUUGUAAUUUUCCUAUUAUAUUCACCAUGUUCCUGCCAAACAGGCAAUAAUAUUAAAUUAUUUCUAAUCCAAUCUAUAUUCA